AUGUCACUUGGGCCCCUGGACUUGAAUAUUUCACAUUCUGUUAAGCCUGUACAACUGGCUACUUUUAUGUAUCUUUUGAAGGACUGCUACUUCUAUGGAACCCACAAAGCAACUGCAAAGUUCAGGAUCCUUCAGCAGCAGGUUAAAAGGGCAUUAAAUAAUGAUCCUCAACCAGGCCCAUUCACAUACAUUGUCCAAUGCAUGUACAUUAUACCUUUGUUGGGCCAAAGUCAUGCUGAAGGGUUCAGCCAUAUGUUGAUAUCUUCUCUAAGGCAUUUGAAAUCCGUGGAGUCAGUACAGAAGGAUUUUAUUGAUGCAAAGUGUCUUGCUGCACGGCUUGUUCUCGAUAUCCUUGCUUCUGUUGUACCCCAUGAAGAACGCAUACUGGUAAAGCUCCUUGAGACAUUCGAUAUCGAGUUGAAAGAUAUGGCCCAUGCUUUCUGUGGUUCAGAGUUGGGUGAUGAAGAUCUAGCGGCAGCAAGAGAACAUCUUAAACAGCAUGUACAGUACUUUAUGAAAUCAGAAUCAUAUGUGACUGCUGUGGCCCUGAUGACACGCUUCUCCAUCCAAUGCUGUGAUGAGUCAUUUCUCAUAAAACUGAUUGGAGGUAAGCAAUACAAGGCAGCAGAGGAAUGGGCAGCUUUCAUGGGGAAAGAAAUGAUAAUUUUGAUAAUUCAAAAGUAUCUAGAUGUUAAAAUGCUAAAGAGCGCCAAUGAGCUGGUGAAACAAUAUGACCUUGCAGAAGAGUUUCCGGAUGUUAAUUACUUGUAUAAAGAGAGUUCGCUAAAGAAGCUGGCAGAGAAAGGGUGCUGGGAUGUUGCAGAAGUCCGUGCCAAGAAGGAUACAAAGCUGAUGGAAUACCUGGUAUAUCUUGCUAUGGAAGCUGGCUAUAUGGAGAAGGUUGACGAGCUUUGCGAACGAUACUCUCUUGAAGGUUAUGUCAAGUCUUUGGUUCCAGAAGAAGUCAUGUGUCAGUCUGACUACUUAGAGCUGAAGAAAUUGAUUUUAGAAGAGAUUGUCUGGGUUGAUGAGAUCAACGGAUUACUUAGUGCAACAAGUUAUAUUGAAGCUUGUAAAAUUAUUGGUGUGGAUUGCGAAUGGAAACCUAAUUACGAGAAAGGCAGCAGACCUAAUAAGUGUAAGCUUACGAUGCAAAUUUAUCGCGAUGUAGUAUAUGCGGAAAUUCAAAACCCUCCCCUAGUGCUCUUCAAAAAGGUUGCUAUCAUCCAAAUUGCGUCAGAUAAGAAAGCUUUCAUCUUUGAUCUGAUUAAGCUGUACGAAGAUGAUCCUAAAGCAUUGGACUGCUGCUUCAGGCGAAUCAUGUGUUCAUCAAACAUACUAAAGCUGGGCUAUAACCUGCAAUGCGAUCUGCAUCAGCUGUCACAGUCGUAUGGAGAAUUGUUAUGUUUCCAGUCCUAUGAAAUGCUACUUGAUAUCCAGAAGCUGUUCAAAGAGACUACUGGCGGUCUCUCUGGAUUGUCAAAGAAAAUAUUAGGAGCUGGUUUGAACAAGACACGGCGGAAUAGCGACUGGGAGCAGCGACCUCUGAGCCAGAAUCAGAAAGAGUAUGCCGCUCUUGAUGCUGCGGUCCUUGUUCACAUAUUCCAUCAUGUCAGGGGGCAACCUCAGUUUGGUGUAAACGAGGGACGCCAAGUGGAAUGGAAGUCUCAUAUUGUUUCCCGAGUGAAUCGUGCACGUAGCCCCUUACGGUUCUAG